GGUCCCAAGACGGUUUUCUUCUGGGCUCCGAUGAUGAAGUGGGGUCUUGUUGCUGCAGGUCUCAAGGAUCUGUCGCGACCGGUAGAGAAAUUGAGCGUAUCUCAAAACCUCGCGCUGACUGCAACGGGCUUCAUCUGGGUACGCUAUGCCUUUGUGAUAACACCCGUCAAUUACAGUCUUGCUGGAGUUAACUUUUUUGUCGGAUUGAGUGGCCUAUCACAGUUGGGAAGAAUUGCCAAGUGCGUCGUCCUGCUCUGUCUCCAUUGGUCGAUGCCUGACAAUCUACUGUAG